UGCACAAUUUGAGACACAGAUCUGAAUCAGCUCAGACACAGACAGACACACACAUACUCUCUCUCUCCCUCCCUCUCUCUCUCUCAGACAGAACACAACUUGCACAAACUUUGUAGCUAUAGAAAGAGAAAACCAAGCUUAACCCAUUGUUGACUGUCUGUGCUUCCUCUCGCUUAGCUUUUGUAGGUGUUGAUGUUUAAACUUCACUAUAAAUAAAAAGAGAUUGCAGGUUUUGUGUACAUAUAUGUGUAAUGUAUGACUUUGACACUUGAUUAUUUCAUCAUCAGCCUUACAGUCGUAGAAAGACUUGAGAUUUUGUAGCAUGGGAGAAAGAUAAGACAUUAAAGGAAAAUUUGUUUGGUGGGUGUGAUUUUGUGGUAGGAUUGUACAAAGUUUAAUCUUAACUUUAACCUGUGGAGAGGUCAAAAGAGACAUUAAUUUGGUGACCAGGGAUUAAAGUUUGAAUCUUUGUACUAAUUUGUACUUUGUAGUACUAAUUGCAAGUUAAUUAGUAUGGAUUCUUAUGAAGCAACAAGUGUUGUUUAUUCAAGAAUUAAAGACUUGGAUCCUGAUAAUGCUUCUAAGAUCAUGGGUCUUAUCUUACUUCAAGAUCAUGGGGAGAAGGAACUGAUAAGAUUAGCUUUUGGUCCUGAAUCUUUAGUUCACUCUAUUGUUGUCAAAGCAAGAAUUGAUCUUGGCCUAUCUUCAUCAAACACUCCUACUUCACCUUCUUCUCCUAUGCCUUUCUCUAGGCAUAGUUCCUCUCAUACUUCAGCAUUGUCCCGCCAUUUGAAUGGUAGAAGUCUACCUUCUCCAUUGAGUAUACCGAACCCGUCUUCUUCGGAUUCCUCUUGGACAGCUGCUUCGGAUAUUUAUGCAGAUUUGAGCAGUCCUAGUACAUGUCUUGAUCGUUUUGAUGUUAAGGGGGUUGGUAAUUUAGGAAUUGGUUCUUCGUCAUUGUCAACUAUGAAUUCAUCAGCACCUCCCUUCUAUGGGAAUGGGGAGAGAGAUUCUGAUUUAAUUGAUGAAUCUCAACUCCAAGAUCAGCUUUCAUUCCUCAAUGAUGGCUAUGACCCUGAUUUGACCUCCAGUCCAAAUGGAAGGGGUUGUAAUGGUGUAACACCGUUUAAGUUGUCCAAUGGGGGCCUUAGGAGCUGGGGUGGUGGCGACAUAAAUAAUGGCCUCUCGCACCGUAGAAGCUGCUCAGUUAGUGAUGUUUUCCUUGGUUCUGAAGACCCUUCUGGGGGAUUUGGAGUGCAGCCAUGUCUAUACUAUGCAAAAGGCUACUGUAAAAAUGGGACAAGUUGUAGGUUCCUUCAUCGAGAGGGCCUUUCGGAUUCAGAUUCUUCAGUUGGUUCGCCGAGCAAGAUGGAGAUGAUAAAGCAGUGUCAUGAGUUUCUAAGAUCUGAAUCAGCAAAACAGGAAAGAUUGGCUGCAGCUUCCCAGCUCAUGGGUGGUUUGAACUUCCCUUACUCUCCUAAAUCCAUUAAUCUACUUCUGCAACAGCAAACUGAUAGCCCAAGGGCGGCUGCAGCAGCCUUGAUGUUGGGUGAGGAAAUAAACAACUUUGCCAGAUCUCCUCGACUGGACAGGAGUGAAGUUGCGAUGGAUGGAAUGGUGAAUCCAGUAUCAAGGCAGAUUUACCUGACUUUUCCUGCAGAUAGUACUUUUAAAGAAGAGGAUGUGUCUAAUUACUUCAGUAUAUUUGGGCCUGUGCAAGAUGUGAGGAUUCCAUACCAGCAGAAGCGCAUGUUUGGCUUUGUCACCUUUGUUUAUUCGGAUACUGUGAAACUAAUUCUGGCUAAAGGGAAUCCUCACUUUGUCUGUGAUGCUCGGGUACUUGUUAAACCAUAUAGGGAGAAGGGAAAAUUCCCGGAUAAAUACAGGAAGCAACACAUGGAACUGGGGGAAUUUUCUGCAUGUGGAAGCCCUACAAGUUUAGACAUAAGAGAUCCUUUUGAUCUUCAGCUUGGGGCAAGAAUGCUAUACAAUAGUCAGGACAUGCUACAGAGGAAAAAGUUGGCAGAGCAAGCUGACUUGCAACAAGCCAUUGAGCUGCAAAAUCGGAGGUUGAUGAGUCUCAAGCUUCUUGAUGCUAAGAGGAGUUAUCACCACCGCGCCUUCUCUACUGGAGCAGUAGAUAUAUCUUCUACCUUUUUGCCAAAUCACUGUAGGAGGAGUUCCGUACUUUCUUCUUCAGAUUGCAGCAGUCCAGAAUUUCCUGAAGAAAAUCAUUCAGCUCUCAACAUCAGCCACCAGCAGACAACAAAUAUACAUGAGAAAGUGAAAGAUUUUUCACGUCUAAGUGACCAAAAUUGCAAUGUGAGAGCAAUUCCUGACAAUGACGAAACAAGUGCUUUACUAGAAUGCUUAGACAACCAUCUAUCCGACAAUCUGUUUUCAUCUCCGAAAGCUGCAAGUGGAUCCAUACCUGUUUUCUCCACAGAUACAACCAUUGAGGACAACAGAAAUUGGACAGCUUUUUCAGCCCGGUCUUCCACCAACAAUUUGAUGGCUUCAUCGCUACUUCCUGCUACAUCAGCCCUUGACAGUGCUUCACUCAAGUCAUACUACUUUCAAGGUCCCAGGCUUGCCUCAAAUCAUGGAGCCCCUGAAAUGUAGACGCCUUCAUCUACUUUUACCUUCUUUAGCUUAGGAAGAAGACUAACAAGUAUAAAGAAAACUGAAAACCUCCAUAUAAGAUCUAUAGAGAAUUUUUCACCACUACAAGCAGGAAGCCAACAAUUACAUACAAACAAUAUAUACAUCAUAGUCAGAAGAAGUAAAGGAAGCCGAAUAGGCCACAUUUUAUUCUACUGCAGUGUAGAGUAGGUAACUCUUUAAUAUUUUCUUUUUUACAUCUGUAAAGUCAGGAGAUACUCUACAUUUACCGUAUAGCAGAGGCAGCAGUAAAAAUCCAGAACAGUGAAUGGUUGUGUAACUACAAUGCUGAUUUAGAACUCAGAACUCAGAAGGGUAACUUGGAGACUUGGUUUAGAUUCUCAAGGGAAAGACAGGUUAAAAGGGUACAUAAAGAAGGCAGCUCAGACCUCAGUGCAGUAGUUUUUAAGUGACUUUACCAGACAAAAUCUACCAUAUAUAGUAAAACAAUGUGAUUGUCCGUUUAUUGUAAUUGUUGUACUCUGAAAAUUUAAUCUUCUUGUAAGAAUCAGAGGACAUGCGAGUCUGAUAUAAUGAAUAUGUUUGUUUUAGUCAGCUA